GUAAAUAGUUAAUAACAUGCAAUUGGAAAGACAAGAGAAAUACGACGUACCCUAUCAAGGUUGAAAAAUAAUAUUAUCAAAAAGAAUUUUUAACCUUAAGAGUUCAAAAGUUGAUCGAGUGAACAAAAGCCAUUUUUUUGCUCUUCAUUUUCGUUGUUUAAAAAAUAAAACAAAAGGUAUUAUGCUCGUACGGUGUGCGUCUGUAGCAGGUAUGACAUUAACGCCGCCUGUUAAUCCAAACACGAAACAUCCUUUGGGACCGAACCAUUCGAAAGUAAAACAACUUAAUAAUAUAGAUCUAUACGAGUGUAACACAGCCCUACAUUUCCACGCACUUCAGUUAGGAAGCUUGAUACUAAAUGAAAGAAGGAUAAAAAUAUCGGUUCGUGGAACAAUAUUCGAAACAUUUGAAAGAACCUUAGAGACUUACCCUAAUACCUUGCUUGGCAAUAUUUACAAAAGAGAUCAAUUUUUUGAUAAAGGUCUUGGCAUAUACGUUCUAGAUAGAUGUGUGUAUUCUUUUGAUUCUGUUUUAUUUUACUACCAAUCAAAAGGGACGCUCGCAAAACCUCCUAUAGUUCCCAGAGAGCAGUUUUAUGAAGAGCUAAACUUUUAUGAAAUUGAGGGGUUUAUAGAUGAAAGACAUAUUGAAGAUUUACAGUUUUUAAAACAAAACAAUAAGAAAAUUGGAGACUUACCUAAUGGAAAUUAUCGUUCAAGUAUAUGGAAGUUUGUAAACUAUUUUAAUGACUCUUUUUUUCAAAUUAUCUAUACAAAUAUAAACUUAGCAGUUACAAUACUAUCAAUUAUAGCUUAUUGCUUGGAAACUGUUCCGUCUUUAAAAAAUAAUAAAACUUGGAUUCAAAUAGAAAUUAUAACGGGAAUACUUUUUAGUUUUGAGUUUAUAAUUACGGCAUAUUCUUCGCCAAACCUAAAGGAAUUCCGCUGCUCAUUAAACAUUAUUUUGGAUUUUAUGUCUAUUAUUUUUUGCGUGCUACACGUCACGUUUUAUUUUUCAGCACUUAAAAACAAGUUCGCUGUAGCAAUACAGUUUGUUCGGGUUAUUCGAAUUUUCAAACUAACAAAAUUUAGUGUGGCGUUAAGAUUGUUUAUUUACACUCUCUAUAAAUGCAGCCAAAGCUUGCAAGUAUUUUUUAUUGCUGUUGGAACGUUUUGUUUCGUGAAUGCCGCGUUAAUGUUUUUAAUAGAAAAUGAGUUCAAUCCCGAUCUUGAGAAAAACCAGUUUCAAAGUAUUUUAGAUUCAAUGUGGUAUAGCAUUAUUACUGCAACAGCCGUUGGAUAUGGAGACGUUGUACCAACAACAUCGCUAGGAAAAUGUUUUGGAUCAUUUGUAGCUGUUACUGGAAUAAUUGUAUUUUGCAUUCAACAGCCUGUACUUGUUAACCACUUUAUAUCAAUUUACUAUCUUCCAGAAGUAAUGUCGAAAGUUGAUACUUUAAGAAAAAGAGCAAUAAUUCAAAUGAGGCAGACUCUUCUUGGAACGGUUUAAAAGCUAUAAUGUUAAAGCUGUAGAAACUUUUUACAAUUUAGAGCUCCCUUUAUGAUCAAACCUGAAAGAAAAUGUGGACAUGAUUACUAUCUUUUGUUAUACAUAAUUGAAAAAACAAAUCAUAAUUUUAAGUAUAGUUUUUUAUAAUCGAUAUUGUUUUCGAUUCCAAUUGGAAAAAGAGCUGAUCAGCGGUAUUAACUUGAACAUUUUGUUUAAAAUAAUUUGCGACUUUAUAUUUAAAUGUUUUUUAAUGGUUUUAUUAAUUCAAUAAUGUCAG